AUUACUGUGCUGAUUUCAUGGCUAUAAGCACUAGAUUAACUAUAGCUUCUGCAGUUCCAGUGACCUAAAAAUUGCAAGCGCUUUCGCUAAAUUUCAGGGGCUAUAGAAAAGAUUAAUUAAGUUAUUACGGUAAAUGCAACUUUUCAUGGCAGUCAGAGAUCUAUAUAUAUUGAACGGUCGACCUACAGGCUCAAUAAGAAUAUCCUAUGGUUAUAUGUCAACACAGACAGAUUGUGAUAAACUGAUGAGUCUGCUACGUAACUAUUUUGUUGAAGGGGAGCCCAAUAGGCCAGAAACAGCUGAUCCUAACUCAACUAUUCAGGUAGUUGGAGUAUUUGUGUACCCCGUGAAAUCCUGCCGAGGCAUCAAAGUAUCUGCCUGGAAUAUGACUAAACAAGGUCUAGAGUUCGACAGGCAGUGGGUCAUUAUGGAGGGUUCUAAAGUAUUGACCCAGAAAGCUGAUCCUCUGAUGGCGCAGAUAGUACCACGGAUAGAUUGGAGGCGGGGGGUUCUUAUUCUUUCAUUCUCCGGCCUCAAGGAUAUUGAGGUCGACCUUGUCCUAUCGGAGGACAGAAGGAAGAACAGGAUAGCCGAGGAUAUCUGUAUAGGUAAAAUCUGUGGUGAGCAGAUGGAAGGAGUAUCCUGUGGUCCUGAAGUUGCAAACUGGUUAGAUACUGCUCUAGGCAGGCAGGGCCUUAGAUUGGUUCGAGGAUUGAAAAGAAUGAGUGCUCGCGAGAGUCCUAGUUCAACACUUGCCAAUGAUAGUCAGAUUCUAACCCUCAAUAUUUCAAGCAUUCUAAGGUUACAGGAGAGGAUAAAGGAGAACUGUGAAAAGGUUGGGGAGGAUUAUACUGGGUUUGAUGAUCUUGAUUCUCUAACAGAUAGAUUUAGAGGAAAUCUUAUAAUUCAGGGAGAAAUUAGUUUUGGAGAGGAGAAAUGGACUACCUUCUCCAUACAGGGGAAGCAGGGGAUGGUGGGGAAGAAGGAGAAGAAGGGGAGGGAGGGGAUGAAAGGAAAGGAGAGGGAGGAGAAAGAGAAUUUGUAUGAAGAUAACAGUAUUAAAUUAAAGGUUCUGGGUCCCUGUAGAAGAUGUAGUAUGAUCAGGGUUGAGCAGAGUACUGGAGAAAUGAGUAAAGAACCGCUCAGAUCGUUGGCGACAUUUAGAGACAGAAAUUUUUGUUUUGGAGUCCACACACAGGUUGUUGAUGGAGGAGUAGGACGGAUAAGGGUUGGGGAUCUGGUCACCAAUAUACAGAGAUCCACAUAAACCUUGCAGCAGAUCAUGACAGCGUACUGAUCUGGUCACCAAUAUACAGAGAUCAACAUAAACCUUGCAGCAGAUCAUGACUAAAAAUACAUAGACAAUUCUUUAAUAAAAUAUUUGAUUGAAUGUUUAUCAAAUUCUUUAAUGUAUAAAAUUGGGAGGGAAAAGUUGUAUUGUAAUGUUCUCUAUUAAAAAUAAACUAAUUGUGAUUCAAUUUCCUAUGUAAAUGAACAAAUAAAUCCUAAUAACUAA